CGCUGCGUUUACAGAUGGCAUGCGCAAACAGAAACAGGAAGUAGCUGUGCAGAGUUCGAGAAAAAUGUCCUGACGUAGUCCCGAAUGUAUUUUCUCUAAAAAGUGAUUCACUUAAACGAAUUUCUGAUUAGAAAUCGUAUCAAACUCAAAUUAAACGGUUAUUUCAUAAACAUAGCCAGUUACCCAAAGACAUUGCAAUGUCUAGUAGAAAGAGAUCGAGAGACUCGGAGGACAGAGGGGACCGCAAAAGGCACAAGGAAUCAAAACACGAUGUAGAAAAACUCAAGAAACAAGCGAGAAAACUCAACCAAGAAGUGCAAAAGCUGAAGCAUUUGGAGACCUUUUAUGAAAAACCUCCGCCUGGACUCAUAAAGGCGGAGGAGUACAAACCAGAGGACUGUAUUCCUGCUGAUCCAGGAAAUGAGGAUGCUAGGGACUUCCUGGCUCACGCCCCCACCAAGGGGCUGUGGAUGCCUCUGGGGAAGGAGGUGAAGGUCAUGCAGUGUUGGAGAUGCAAGCGCUAUGGACACAGGACAGGGGACCGAGAGUGUCCCUUCUUCAUCAAAGGAAACCAGAAACUGGAGCAGUUCAGAGUGGCACACGAAGACCCAAUGUACGACCUGAUCCGGGAAAACAAACGCAAUGAAAAAGAAACGAGGAUCCAGCAGCUGCAGCAACUCCUGCAGGACACCACCUCCUCUGACUCGGACAGCUCCUCCUCUUCCUCCUCCAUCAGCGACCGCAAGAAGAGGAAACACAAGAAGAAGGACAAGAAGAAGGACAAGAAAAAGAGGAAGAAGAGGAGGAAGCACAAGUCCGCCAAAACCAGUGACUGUUCUGAGUCCAAUUGAGCCAUAGGAACCGACCUGGAUUGUUCUAGCAGGGAGAUGGCUACACUGCAGUGUCUAUCAGUCAGUGAGCAGCUAUGGUGGUUCUUACCCAUUGGCUCAGGGUCGCUUCAAUGGCACACUACGAAGUGCACACUAGAGGACCCUUUUUGGUUCAGUAUUCUUCCCUCCAUCUGAGCCUUUAAAUAAUGCAUGACUUGUCCCAUCCCUCAUAUGGUUGAUGCCUCUAUUCCAUUAGAUCAUACAGAAUAAGAUUCUAUGGAUCCGCAAAGCUGAUUGUGAAUGUAGGACCCCUCAGGCGAGGAUCUCAGAAAGCCCUUACAGCAUGGGUAAUGACAUGACUGGCUCGGGGGGGCCUGAGCCAAGUUGAAAUCAGUUUGUAGCUGUUAUGAAGGAUGUUGGCUUGAUGAAUCAGAUCCGAAUGAAAAUGUGACAAAACAGCAUGUUGUUAGAGAUGGUUUUGCUUCUUAUUUAGCUUGAUUGUAGGCCUGUUGUUUUGACAAAUAGAGUGGGGAAAAUUGCAACACGUUUUUUCCAUAUUUAUUUUCUUCCAAAUGACGCUGAUGGAUGUUUGAAUGCUUAUUACUGUACAUAAAUAUUUGGAAUAAAUUGAGGUUGGAAUUUAA